CAAUUGAUGAAUCUUUAGAUGAAAAUUUUCUAUCAGAAGAUAAAACUAAAGAAAAAUUAAAUCAGAUUAGAAUUGAUAGAAUCAAUUCAUUACAAACUCUAAUUCAACCUAAAACUAAAAUACCAAAAAGACCACGAAUACCAGAUGAUCCUAUAUUAAGACAACUUAAUAAUGCAGAUUCUAAAAGAAAUAUUAAUGGUACUCCUGAAUUACAGAUAUUAUAUAUCAUCAAUCAAUAUAGAAAGAUAUUAGAUAACGAUAGUUUAAAAAAGUUUCCAAGCUUAAAAAUCAAACCAAUAUUAGAUAUAAUCAAAAAGAGUUAUAAUAUUAAAAAUAAAUAUACAAAAAAAAGAAUUGAAGAAACUGAUGCUCUAACAAAAGAACUAAUUAACUAUCUAUAUGAUGAACAGCCAAGAAAGAAAGCAAAUAUUUCAAUAAAUAGACUUAAAAAAGAUAAAACAUAUAAACAAUUAAAAACAUAUCCUUUAAUAUACAGAAAAAAAAAAUAUAGUCCAUGGAAUCUACUUUGGAUGCAAGAAGAACAAAUUGAUGAUAUCCAAAAUAUAGAAUUAAUAAUUGAUGAAUAUAAAGAAUCUUUAUUUGAUAAACUUAGUAUUACUAAAAAAAAUAUUAAUAUCAUCCAAAAUACAUUAUCAGAAAUGAUGGGAUAUUAUAAAACUGAAGAUGAAAAAAGAAAUUUUUUAGAAUUAACAGUUGAAGUAUUAGUAAAUAGUAAUAUUGAUGUUGAUGAUAUAGAAGAUGAUUCUAUUAGAAACAUAAAUGAACCUAAUAUAAAUUUUGGUCAUUUAGGUAUCAACAAAAAUUAUUAUCUUUAUUUAACUUUCAAACAUCAACAAUUAGACAAUAUUCCAACUAAUUUUAGAUAUGAAUUUAUUGAAAAAGAAAUUAUACAAAAAAUAGAAAAGACUUGUUAUAAUUCAAAAGAAUACUUUAAUAUAAGUAAAAUUGGUACAUAUAUUAUCUAUAAAGAUGAUAAAAUUUUUCGUAAAAUUACUUCUCAUUAUGAAUUAGCAUAA